GAUGCACUGGCUGCUGCCUCUGUCCUGCAGCGUCUCUGUGGCCGCUGUGCACUGCAGGCGCGGCCUCUGCGGGCUCGGGAUGUUCUAUGCGGUGAGGAGGUGCCGCAGGACCGGCGUCUUCCUCACCUGGAAUGAGUGUAAAGCCCAGGUAGACAGGUUUCCUGCUGCCAGGUUUAAGAAGUUUGCCACCGAAGAUGAGGCCUGGGCCUUUGUGAGGAACUCUGCCAGCCCUGAUGGUGCAGAAAGCCAGGAAAACUCCGGUAUGCUUGAGAAGAUCAGCAAGAGACCCCGGGAGCCUCUGGAUGAAGGUGAAGAAAGUGUGGAGCCCUGGGCAAAGCACAUGAGACAGACCACAGAGGCAGCUCCUGUAGUGAGCAAGGACACAUUUUCUUAUAUGGGUGAAUUGGUGGUUGUCUACACGGAUGGCUGCUGUUCCAGUAAUGGGCGAAUGCAAGCUCGAGCUGGAAUUGGUGUUUACUGGGGGCCAGGCCACCCUUUAAACCUAGGCAUUAGACUUCCUGGAUGACAGACAAACCAGAGAGCAGAGAUCCAUGCAGCCUGCAAAGCCACUGAACAAGCAAAGGCUCAGAACAUCAGCAAGCUGGUGCUAUACACAGACAGCAUGUUCACCAUCAAUGGGAUAACUAACUGGGUUCAAGGCUGGAAGAAGAAUGGGUGGAGAACAAGUACUGGGAAAGAUGUGAUCAACAAGGAGGACUUCAUGGAGCUGGAUGAGCUCACCCAGGGCAGGGACAUUCAGUGGAUGCACAUUCCUGGUCACUCAGGAUUUGUGGGCAGUGAAGAAGCUGACAGAUUGGCUAGUGAAGGAGCGAAGCGGUCUGAAGAUUGAAUGACAUCACUGAAGCCUGAACCAGCGGUUAUUCUUCUGCCCCUUGUGUGCAUUGAGACCACAGCUCAGGCAAAUGCAGUAGACAGGGAGGGGCAGUUUUCCAGCUGAGCCAGGAGGACCCCAUGGUUUCCUUUGAUGUCUCUUGAUAAAAAGUACUUAAAUAUAUCAGAAUGAGAACAUUGA